CAGGAACGUUGCGAAACUGGUACAGCAAGUGGACCACUAAACGAUACCCUUGCACCAACAUUAACCGGGACCUGACGCUCCAUCCGCGUGUCCCCUACCCCUUCUAUCCGUAGCCCAUCAAUGGCAGUUGAGCACUGCCUGGUUCAAGCUCAACUCGGGUUAUUUGGCUAUUGACCUUGAACAAUGCAGUGUUUCCAGGGACCAGGAGGCUUUGCGAAAGUCGCCUGGAAUCAGCUAACUCACUCAUGAGCCAACCAUAUUCUCUAUCCGGCUCUCUCAAACAAGCCCCUCCAUACCGGACCCCAGCUAGAGAUCCUCAACUCGGCUUGUGUUGGCCGAAUCUUUUCGUUCUAUUCUUCUCAUGCCCGUGUUCCUGAUUGCCAUCGAUUGACAGCUGCCAACCCUGGAAGAUAACUGGCUGCCGAGAGUCACUCUGGUAAUGAUCUUGCGGCGCUGAAUUGCCCCGGGGUUUUCGCCUCAUGCCCCAUAUCGUACUCAGUCUAUCUGAAUUUCGCCAGUUGUCUCGUGGUUCUCAUUUUGUCCAGUCGCUUUCAUAUAUCUUGUUGCCCUUCACAAGCUUAUCCCUGUACCCGGCUGCCACAGUCUGCCGAUGAUACAUUGCUCCAUCAACCUUCUUUUUCACUGACUCCCUAUUACUACUUUACUCUGACCCUCAUUGAUGGAUCAGGCCCCUCCACCUUGACAUCUUUCUUAUAAAGACCCCUGGCCAAGUUUUGCUUUUGACUUUCCCCCUCCAAAUUCUCAUUGUUAUUACGGAUGCCUGUUCCUACGCUCUCUUUUCUCAUUUUGCAGGUCUUAGCCACGUUCCCUCCCUGUUAUCCUCGAGUUAUAAGUUGCCUCGUUGGCGCCCUGUCUUGAUUGCGACUGUCGAGAAGCUGCCAUCUAAACUGGUCUAUCAGACAGCGGCGGGUAUAAUACAUCUCUUAACCCCCGACAUACAAACACGCAGACAAACACAUACACAGCAACAAUCCUCCUUACAUCACUCUCAUUGCCGCCAUCAUCACCGUCAUUCUCGAAUUAGGUGCUACGUACCUCUGGACCACCCAGUCAUAUUAGAUUCGUCCCAAGCUCUAGUCCAGCCGAGUCCAGCCCGAUCCAGCCUGGUCCCGGGCCUUGAAGAUCUUGCUUUCGGUUCAAGCCAGUUCUAGAACGCCAAAACUUGACAACCAUCACAUUUAAGCACUAUCCUCUUUUUUAGCAUUCGAAUUCUUGGGGCGGUGCUUGGCCUUAAUUCAGCCAGAAACAAAAUCACCGUCUUUCCCCGGCCAUUCUCAUCUCCCUUGCACUCUGAGAAUCUAAGUACCAACCCAAGCCCGAAAAAAGAGGCGCCGUUCAUCUUGCAUACGUACCCUUCCCUUCGUCUUCAGUGGCCGCCCUCCGCUUCCCCAAGGAAAAAUCUCGAGCUAGCCGCCACGGGCGCUUCCCAGACUCCCGGUCCUGGGACCAAACGAGGAAACUCAAUUUCAGGCAUCACAAAUCCUGGACAUUUUUAUUUGGUUCUAGUGUCAUCCAUCUGGCUGGCUCUAUCUCCCCUCUUGGUCUCAUUUAUUCCCUCCUCCCCAAGCUCGUUUUCACACCAUUCUUUUUGAGCUUGACUCAACAUCUCGGUUCUGCCCGUGUCGUGUCUUCUCCCGGCGUGCGCGUGCUGGUUUCUUUCAACGUCGCAACAUACGAUUGGGUGCUCAGCUAUCAAACCUCAAGGCUGUGAGGCUCCAGAAACAUACAUAACCGCAACCGGCCACGAUCAGUCUCGCCUUUUUUUUUUUUUGUGUCCCAUUCCUCACCAACAGUUCCCCGAUCUAUCUGUACCUGUUUGUCGCCAAUUUGUCGACUCUCAGACUUAUUAGUGUCUGUUUUUUUUUUUCUUCUUCUUUCUCCGUCGCUCGGACUGUGCAUUGAAGACGUUCAGUUUCACUAUUAUCAUCAGCAACCCCAAUCCUUCUUAUCGCUUGAUUGAUAUACAGUUUUUGAGGGGCAUACAUUGCUUGUCACUCGCCUUGCUUAGGCAUACGCUCGCUCAUCACGAAAUCCUCUGGUUUUAUUUUUAUCACCAUCAUGCCACGACAUUAUCACUACCAACCCAGGUUUGGCUCAUUCACCCCUGACGCUCCGUUGUACUUGAUGCUAAUUCACUACUCAGUCGCGAACUCCAUGUGGUAGUCCUGGGAGCAGGUUCGUCCAUACCCAAUACCGCACCACGCCACCCUUUCGCUUUGACUCUCCCUUUCUUACGUGUGCGCUUGUCUGACUCGUUUAUCAUUUGGCAGGCGGCGUGGGCAAAAGUUGUUUAACUGGUGAGUUGUCAUUCUCCCUUGGCCUUCGCCUUCGCCUUCCCCUCGUCCCAUGUUCUUCAUGUUGCUGCGCCUGCGUCCCACCGUUGCAUCCGCAAUCCUACUACGCUUCCCUGUCUUCCCCUUUGCAGCACAAGGCUCAUGCGAGAACAGCCCAGUUCGUCCACAAUGAGUGGAUCGAGAGCUAUGAUCCCACCAUAGAAGAUUCUUAUCGCACGCAGCUUCAGGUUGAUGUGAGUAUUGCGCAUGGCAACAAUGCCACUACUUGACCCCUUCUGACUGACUCGCUCGUCUCAGGGACGUCAAGUUAUUCUCGAAAUGUGAGUUUUUACACCUUGAUUGUCUCACCACUCAAUCCGUGUUUGGAGAAGAGCUGUCACUGACUCGGCCUCUAGCCUCGAUACUGCGGGGACCGAGCAAUUCGGUAGGUCCUCCUCUAUGUCUCAACAACUUUCGCACGACCCUCGUACUGAUGUUGGUACAGUCGCCAUGAGGGAUCUGUACAUGAAAACCGGCCAAGGUUUUCUUCUUGUAUUCAGUAUCACAUCGUCUUCCUCCCUAAGCGAACUAGCAGGUUUGCGCGAAGAAAUUAUCCGGAUAAAAGACGAUGAAAAUGUACCUCUUGUUAUUGUCGGUAACAAAGCCGAUUUGGAGGAGAAUCGCGCUGUGCCCCGAGCCAAGGGCUUCUCCAUCUCACAACGAUGGGGCGCACCCUACUAUGAGGCUAGCGCGAGGACAAGGACCAACGUUGAUGAGGUCUUUAUCGAUCUCUGCAGGCAAAUGUUGCGUAAAGAGGACGAACAACACGCGAAUGACGGACCCAAUGACGACUACAAGUAUGAUCACGGCCGAAGUUCUCAUAGACGUCAACGACGUCGCCGAAAGAAGGAUUCACCGCGAUGUGUGAUCCUGUGAACUCAAUGAACCGCUUUCAGAACAUUGGCCACUGGAUGGCAUCUAAACACUGGAACACUUUCACUUCUCUCAAUUUUCUAGGCCUCGGCAUUUUCCCCUCAAUUCUCUUACAUUUUACAGCACGUUUUACGCGGAUCACGGCCAUUUAAAAUAAAUCUAUCAAUGAUAUCUGGUGUUUUCCGAAGGACCACAUGGACGACCUCGCGGUCUCAUGAGGCGAAACGAGACCGACGCGUAUAGACGACAUAACGCAUCACACCGAAUCGAAUAGAAUCGAAUCGCAUCGCAUGGCAUCGCAUGCUUGAGCUAAGCGACUGGUGUUUUGGGAUCGACAACUUCCCACAUUGUAUUCCACAUUACGGCGUUGGUGGCGUUGGAUAUCGGACCUGGGAUAUAGGUUCUACACAUGUUUAUUGCUUUCAGGGUUUUAUACGGGUAUUUUGUUCUACUUCUUGAACUACGGUGAGAUGGAUAAGAAACUGUUGUGGUAUGAUCAAGUAGGACAACCUUUGCAUUGAUACGAAAUGCUCCAAGCGACGAGAAUGAAGCAACAUAGGCUAUGCAAAUGCAGGCAUUUACCAGCUUCUAUUCCGAUAUGACAAGGGUGACUUUUAGUUUCUGCCCAAAAUAUUACACUCCCUGGGGCUCACUCGCAUCUCGGAACUUCUCUUGAAUCUGUGUGGCAACACCACGUGAACUAUCCUCCAAGUCUUCGAGUAUCGCUGACCAAGCUUGACUUUACAUUGCAGCCGCCGUGAAGUCUGGCCACGAAUUUAUCGUGAAAUGUCACACGGCAUUCAUCCGUCAUCCCAUGUGUCACCAUCCUCUAAAAAUCACUGCAUGAAGCUGCGACAAGCCGCGUGUUCAGAUCACCCCAACUUAUCCAACAACCAUUUGUGCAUUGAUGCCACAACUCAUCACAUAUACGAGAUCUUAUCUUAUAGUCACAAUGAGUCAUUCAAUUCUUUAUUUGUGUACAUGCCUAUGGUCCUGUUAUCCAUUACGAUACGUCUCAUGCUAUCCUCAUGACUUGGUAAUAGUCUGCAUACAUGAUCUCGUGCGUAACCAACCCUUGGCUAUGACGUGUCUCCAAAGACCGAUCACAAUCCAACUGCUCAAAUAUCCAUGAAACCGACACCGAAAGCGACCGCACUGGGUCCUUGACGAUCCUCGGCUGCCGCUCACUUGCGUCGCAGCAUGCCCCAAAUGUCAGUGAAGAUACCAAACCACCCCUUGACUCUUUCAGCGGCGUUCAGAAGCAAGAUGAAGCGUUUCACAAACGCAUCAACGUUGUCAUAGUCAUCAGCGUAGCACUCCCAUACAGCACGCCCUUGACCGUUGUUCUCAGAGUCCUGGACGGCCAUGAGAGCAUCCACAUCCUCCACACCCUCCACACCAGCGGACUUGAGCUUGGGACCGACACAGAGUGCACGGCCCGCAAUCUCUUCAUCAGAAAUGAGGCGAGUGGCAGCAUCAAUGACAUCCUCGAUCAUUGCCCCGCCUGCUGUGCCUGAGAGGAAGGCUGCUUCGAUGGGGAGCUUGAGCAUGUUGGACUUGGAGACAUAGUAGGGAGUGAUCAUGUUGACACGAACGCCACUCCGGAAAGACGUAGCACGAAGAGUGCGGAAGAGACCAAGAAUAGCAUGCUUGCUCAUCGUGUACAUGGUUUGAGUUGGGAAAGGGCACAGAGACGCAAGCGAACCGACAAGAAGCAGGCAACGAUCUCGCGGGGAAGAUCCAUUCUGUGGGAGCCAGUACAGGGCAAGGUGAGUGGUAUAGGCAGCACCAGUGAUGUUGACAUCAAACUGAGCCGUGUUGGGCUUUGGAAGACGUCCAUUCUUGAGAACAGGCUCUUCAAACUGAAUGGAGACGUCGGGAAGGAUGAUGCCGGCGUUGGGGACGACAAUAUCGAUGCCUCCAUGAGGGCUGACGUGAACAGCCGUCUCAAAGAGACUGACCUGUGAUUCCCAGUCGGUGACGUCGCAAUGCUGAAAAGCAAAAGCUGAGUCCGGAUACUGAGUAGUAAGUUCAGCUACGAGCUCUUCGCCCGCUGCGUCAGCGACAUCGCCGAUGAUGAUAUUUGCCCCAUGCGAUGCCCAUUCGCGAACCAUGUGAGAGCCAAGACCGUUAGCACCGCCGGUGAUGACAAUAGUCUUGCCCUUCAAAGUUGUGGCAUCGUAGGGCUUGGACACAUCGACGGGCGGUGACUGGCGGAUGAGGCCCUUGAUAUUGUUGGUGGGCUCCAUAGCUGACUGUUGUAUGUACUAGGACAGGUGAGAUCUUUGGUAUGAAAAGAGUAGAAAUGAUCUCGGCAAAUGGGGUAGUGUAUUGACUCUCCAAGAACAGAGUGAUGGACGAAACGAACACGCCCCAGCUUCAGCUUCAGCUUCAACGAACCUAGUCAGCUAUCAAGCCAAAAGCCGUUGGACCAAAAAUAUCCCCCGUGUGGAGUCUGAGCCCUUUUUUGCAGGGUCCAGCCCAAUCUCACCUUUUUGAUCUGCCUAUCGUAUCGUGUUGUUUCCUUGGAGGCCCGAUGAAUUAGCUUUAGCGGGUCGUCUCGAGCUUGGUAGGUAUUGGAUAUCCACUCCAGAAGUUGUUGAUGAUGCCAACGCUUUGGGAUCCGAAGACCAAGAUGAAGAUGAAGAGGAGAAGAUGAAGAGGGGAGAAGAAUGCGGCACAUGAGUUUCCAGUUGCUUGGUAUAAAUAAGGCCCCCAUUUACAAUGAAUCCUUGCUUCUUGCAUUCACUGUUAAAAUGUAACGCAGUUCUACUGACGAGUCCAGUGACAGU